UAGGGACCGUUGUGCCAACAGGCUACAUUAGCUAAUGUAUCUAUACUGGAGGGGUGAGAGGUCACUUGGCAGUCCAACCAGGUAAUUUUCCCAUGCUUCAUCACCCCACUCAUGAGAAAGCCGGAAGGACGGUUCUACAUUCAAGUUACAGUACAGUGUAUACAAGAGCUGAAGAAGUCAAGAGUGUCUUCCAGUGAAAGGGAAGGAGAUUUCAAGGCCGUCGUCAUGUCGGAUGAGUCAGAUUCGGACUCAGUGGCGGAAUCGGGAGGGGACGCCGGGUUCAACUCCAAGAAUGUGGCCCUCAGGGCGCAGAAGAAGGUCCUCAGCAGAAUGUCGACUCGGAAGGUGGCCAAGAGUUUCAUGGACGACACAACAGCCGACCUGAUGGACAACCUGUACCGCAUCGCGCGUAACCACUGCGGCAACAAGAGAGAAGCCGAGAAGGUCAUGAAAGACGCCGUGAAGAUCGUUGUGAAGAUCGGAAUCCUGUUCCGCAAUGAGCAGUUCAGCGCCGACGAGCUGAGACUCGCCAACGACUUCGUGCGGAAGUUCCGCAGCCUUGCCAUGACUGUCGUCAGCUUCUACGAGGUGGAGUUUACGUACGAUAAGAUGUUCCUGGUGCGCACGCUGUCCGAGUGUCGCGAGAUGCUCCACAGACUCAUCCAGGGCCACCUGACGGAGAAAUCCCACGGGAGGAUCGAUCACGUGUUCAACUUCUUCGGGGACGGGGCGUUCCUCGACGCGGUGUUUCAGCGGGAGAGCCCGCACAGGAAGCAGCUCGGGCUCAUCGUAAAGAACUUGCACACGCUCAUGGACGAAGUAGAGCCCGCCCAGACAUGAACACCCCCGCACGCUCCAAUGGUAUGGCCCCUUUGCUAACGGGAUGACUGACAGGUGUCAAGCUAACAUGAUUGACAGGUGAAGGGAACACGCCCCCAUCAGGAACGGUAUCAUAUUACAGGGAACUGAAGUGAAACAAAAGCGCUGUGAGAAGAAACCCAGCUUGCCAAUCAUGUUAAUGUCAGUUCACCUUUAUCAGCGGGGUAGCCUAAGUACUUUGUUUUAGAAAAACACGUUUUUAGGGAUAUCAAGUUGAUGUAUGGUGGUUUCACACAAAUUAACUGCAAUAUUUCUUCUGCAUUUUGAAACCACCGUCCAAAACAUAUUCCUAGAUACCCUGUUUUCAAAACCGACGAAUAUAGGUUACCCCGCGGAUAAAGGUGAACUAACGCUACAUAAGUUAUACAUGUAGGAACUAUAUAGGAACAGAACUAUUGUAGGAAACACAAGUAGGAACCAUUAUAAGCACUAACAGGUGACGAAACUAACAUUAACUAUGGUGUAACAAAAGUUAAGGGUUUAAAGUUAACUCAUUCCUACCCAUUACACAAUCAUGAAAAGGCAUGGAUUUAAUAUAAGCUAUGUACAAGUUAUAGUCACUGCCAACUCUAGUACAUGUUCUCUUGUAAGAAGUAAUAGUUACUGCUUAGCUCUAGUUAGUUUUGACUGUACAUUUUUAGCAGCAGACAUUAUUUAAAGAAGACAGAAUUUCAUCAGAGGUUGCUGUUAUGAUUAAAAUAACUUGCAGCUCCCAUGCACCUUCCCAUAGAGUUGAUAUACCAGAAUGUAUCAGACAUUGCCCUGGCUGACUUCCAUGUGUUCUUGUAAAUGUGAUAGCUGUGAGCAAAGGCAUACCGUACCCCACACUUACCUGAGUAUCUGUGUAUGCCCAGCUGUAUGUACAUGUAUCUACUGUGCGCCACCCCCUAUCAAUGCUUGUUCUGCGUUUUACCAGCAACAAGGCUUGCAGUAUUAUUUUAUUUAGGAAUACAACAUACAUUAAAUUUGUAUAUUACUUGGCAGCUUUGUCUGAUAAUGUUGGUGAGAAAGUUUAAAAACUGUGCCUUUUUGUGUAUCCUACAUAC